GAAUUUCUCAGUUUUCUGGAGAAAAGACAACUUUUGAUUGGAAUUUGGUCUUGUACAGUUGUUCUUUGCAGAAACAUUUGGUGUUUGUUUGGGAAAAGAAAUCUAAGAAAAUGGUUUAUCACUCUAGUUUUGUCGAUGAGGAAGGAAUUACUAAAGCUUGUGGCUUCCCUUUACUUCCUUUGAAAAGUCACAUAAGGGGUCCUGCACCUGUUGCAGAUCAAGGUGAAAUUGAUAUUGUCGAUGAAGCAAUCACAUUCUUUCGUGCCAAUGUGUUCUUUAGAAACUUUGAUAUCAAGAGCCCCGCGGAUAAGCUCCUUUUAUAUUUGACAUUCUACAUAAAUGUGGCUUUGAAGAGGCUUGAGGGCUGUAGGACGUUGGCUGAAGGUACUAUGGCAAUCAUUAACUUGGGCUUGGAAGACAUUCCCGUACCUAGAGAAUCUGGUUUUCCUUUUCCAGGGCUCUUUGUGCUUCCACAAUCUCAAAAGGAAGCAGAACUGCUUAGGAAUUAUCUGAAGCAAAUAAGAGAAGAAACAAGUGGGAGACUGUUGAGUGUUGCCUAUAGGCCCAAUGGAACUCCAAAUAAAUGGUGGUUAGCUUUUGCAAAAAAGAAAUUCAUGAAUAUAAUUGUUCCAUGAAAAAUAUAAAUGUUGUAUGAAUAUUGAA